GGGUUUAUACACCUCCGACUUCCCUGCACAUCUUCCAUUCGGGGGCCGAACCGAAGCAGCCAGUUGUCGGUUCUCACCAAUUCCGCGUCUCAUGAGCAACAUUUUGUUAAGCUUUGGACGUCGGACGAGUCCAGGCGCUUAGGUCAAACAAGACAAUGUAGCUUAGCGGUUCUUGGACUGAACGACGUCGGCGUCUUUUGGAGGCUACGGCGAUAUUUACUUUCGUAGACAACGAACUCAAGCUGGCAGAAAUGGACGAACAAAGCGUGGAGAGCAUCGCCGAGGUGUUCCGCUGCUUCAUCUGCAUGGAGAAGCUGAGGGACGCUCGCCUCUGCCCGCACUGCUCCAAGCUCUGCUGCUUCAGCUGCAUACGGCGCUGGCUGACGGAGCAGAGAGCUCAGUGUCCACACUGUCGGGCCCCACUCCAGCUGAGGGAGCUUGUGAACUGCCGCUGGGCCGAGGAGGUGACGCAGCAGCUGGACACGCUGCAGCUGUGCAGCCUCACCAAGCACGACGACAACGGCAAAGACAAAUGUGAGAACCACCAUGAAAAGCUGAGUGUCUUCUGCUGGACAUGCAAGAAAUGCAUCUGCCAUCAAUGUGCUCUGUGGGGCGGCAUGCACGGUGGCCACACCUUCAAGCCGCUGGUGGAGAUCUACGAGCAGCACGUGAGCAAGGUGAAGGAGGAGGUAGCCAAGCUGCGGCGACGCCUCAUGGAGCUCAUCAGCCUGGUGCAGGAAGUGGAAAGGAACGUGGAGGCGGUGCGGGGAGCCAAGGACGAGCGGGUACGCGAGAUCCGCAACGCGGUGGAGAUGAUGAUCGCUCGUCUGGACAACCAGCUGAAGAAUAAACUGAUCACGCUGAUGGGCCAGAAGACAUCCUUGACCCAGGAGACUGAGCUGCUGGAGUCGAUCCUGCAGGAGGUGGAACAUCAGCUCCACUCGUGCAGUAAGAGCGAGCUGAUCUCCAAGAGUCCGGAGAUCCUGCUCAUGUUCCAGCAAGUCCACAGGAAGCCCAUGCAGUCGUUCGUCACCACGCCGGUGCCACCCGACUUCACCAGUGAGCUGGUUCCCGCAUACGACUCCAGCACCUUUGUUUUGGUCAACUUCAGUACUCUGAGGCAGCGGGCCGACCCGGUCUACAGCCCUCCUCUACAGAUAUCUGGACUCUGUUGGAGGCUCAAAGUAUACCCGGACGGCAACGGUGUGGUUCGCGGGAACUACCUGUCUGUGUUCUUGGAGUUGUCCGCCGGACUCCCCGAAACCUCCAAGUACGAGUACCGCGUGGAGAUGGUCCACCAGGCCUCCAGCGACCCCAGCAAGAACAUCAUCCGCGAGUUUGCCUCGGACUUUGAAGUGGGCGAGUGCUGGGGCUACAAUCGCUUCUUCAGGUUGGACCUGCUGGCCAGCGAGGGCUACCUGAACAUGCAGACGGACACGCUGGUUCUACGGUAUCAGGUGCGAUCGCCCACGUUCUUCCAGAAGUGCAGAGACCAGUACUGGUACAUCAGCCAGCUGGAAUCAGCUCAGAGCGGCUACGUCCAGCAGAUCAACAACCUCAAAGAGAGGUUGGCCAUCGAGCUGUUCCGCCACCGCUCGUUGCGCAGCGCCUCGCCCCCCGACUCGAGGCUGGCGGCCGGGAUUGCGGCUUCCGAAAGAAACCCCCGCGCCGUCAAAAGUGACGGCGACAUUCAGAGCACGCUGAGCGACGACAAAAAGGGCGGCGACCGCAACGACGAGCGGACCGUGCACGAUGACUCCAACGAGCUGUCCGACGGCGACCUGGAGGUGGACUGCCUGACCGAGGAGGAGGUGAACCCGCUGGACGGCAGCAGCACCUCGGGGAGCUCAACGGCCACCAGCAACACCGAGGAGAACGACAUUGACGAAGAAACCAUCUUCCGUGGUGUGCCGGGUCCGGAUGUUCCAUCUGUUGUUAUGGCGUACUCGUUCAGGUCAGGCGAGAACGACGUCGACUUCAUCGGGAACCUGGACACGGAGGAAGGAGAACUUCCCGACGACUUGGAUGGAGCCGCCGGUGGCCCCAGUUCCUGUCUGCGCUCUGCACUUCUCAGCUCCGCUAUGGGACGAGCUGCCAGCGGAGGAAGCGGGGCCUCCUCCUCCGCUGGUGGUGCUGUCGGCGGCAGCCUCCUGGACAUCGACCCCGUCAUCCUCAUCCAGUUGCUAGACCUGAAGGAGCAUCACGACAUGGAGUCCCUGUGGGGUCUUCAGCCUCGACCCUCAUUGUCGCUACUUCACAGCCAAGCUGGUUCAUCCUCCAGGAAAGAGCGGGAGCGCCAUCCUCAGGUGGUGCGUCGCUCCGCCCCGGACUCAGCGGUCCUCAUCCGCCUCAAGGCGCAGAUGGCCGAGGUGCGCAGCAAGAUGUCCGACGUCAAGACACAGGUGCUGGAGGCCCGCGCGGCCAGCGAUUCCAGGCCGGGCCCAUCGGGAAUCUUCGGCGCUGAAGGGGCGCCCUCGCACCGCGCCGACCUGGAGUCGGCGGACAGAUGCAAGCCUGGCGAGCUGGCGCCGCUUGGGAGGGCGGCAGCGGUUCUGUCCCGGCCAUGUCGUCCCGGACAAAAAUGCCCACCGUCAGUCCUGGAAAGCUGCAGCGCACCGCUAGGUCAUCAGAAGAGUCCGGAGCAGACAGCGAAAGACGUCAGAGGAGCCAACGCAGCUCCGGAACUCGGCCUGCAUAUCAACGAGGCCACUAACGGAUGCGCCGAGGUGUCGGACGUUGCUCAGGCCUCAGCGGAGCAGGCGUCCUGCAAGCCUCAGCUGUACACGCCAUCGGGGCCCAGGGACGACAUCUUCUCCGGCUACCUGCCGGCCGCCAAGAACUGUGGCACCCGGACCCUGGGGGCAGCCAUGUUGGACUCUGAAUCUGAAAGCUCAGGAAACUCGCAUCAUUCCUUGCUGGAGGGACCCACAUCGCAGCCACAGUCCAGUGAAGGCCGGGUUGCCUCAGCACCUCUCCUCAUAGAUCCGCCGCCAUCCGUCCUGGCGGCGGCGACGAGCAGCGAGAGCGACACAGAGGACGAGGACGCCAACUCUCGCUAUGACAACCGGACUCCGCCCUGCACAGGCGAGUCACUCUCCGAAGACAUGACUGACAGGUGAUGGAGCAAUAGAAAAUGAAACUGCCUCUUCUACACACACUCACACACACAUACACACACACAAUCAUUUCUAAGGCUGCUUUCCGCGAUGGCCGACAUUGUGCACUAAAUUUCACGUUCCACUUAACUGCAUGAUUUCAAUCUGCUUAUAGAACAAAGGUACUAAAACAUUCCAUUUUUCCUUUCGUCAGCAUGCUCAGAAGAUUUUGAACUUUUGUCCGCGCUGUCCAUUCCAUUUUCUGAGCACUGAGCCAUUUUUUAUUUUAUUUUGAAAGACGUUUUGCUUUUUAGAGACGUCAAUUUGUAGGAAGCGGUACGUGUGCAUGUUUUGUUCACGUCCAUAGUCGUUUUGUUUGAGCCAAGGGAACAACAACAUGGCCUUGAAUUAUGAACUUCACUUUUUGUUUGUUGUUGGUUGCCAAUGUUCCUCUACUGCACUGAAUCCUUGUUCCAAAUGGCCCCUUAGUGGUUUUCCCGUAAUAAAGGUAAUGUUUUAGCAUCGUC